AUGCCUCCUCUCCACCUCCCUCCCUUCACCCUACCCUCGCCCUCAUUCCCCUCCACUCGCCUGCCUCCUAACCUCCCUCCCGUCACCCUACCCUCGCCCCCAUUCCCCUCCUCUCGCCUGCCUCCUCUCCACCUCCCUCCCGUCACCCUACCCUCGCCCUCAUUCCCCUCCUCUCGCCUGCCUCCUCUCCACCUCCCUCCCGUCACCCUACCCUCCCCCUCAUUCCCCUCCUCUCGCCUGCCUCCUCUCCACCUCCCUCCCGCCACCCUACCCUCGCCCUCAUUCCCCUCCUCUCGCCUGCCUCCUCUCCACCUCCCUCCCGUCACCCUAUCCUCACCCUCAUUCCCCUCCUCUCGUCUGCCUCCUCUCCACCUCCCUCCCGUCACCCUACCCUUGCCCCCAUUCCCCUCCUCUCGCCUGCCUCCUCUCCACCUCCCUCCCGUCCCCCUACCCUCGCCCUCAUUCCCCUCCUCUCGCCUGCCUCCUCACCUCCCUCCCGUCACCCUACCCUCGCCCUCAUUCCCCUCCUCUCGUCUGCCUCCUCUCCACCUCCCUCCCGUCACCCUACCCUCGCCCCCAUUCCCCUCCUCUCGCCUGCCUCCUCUCCACCUCCCUCCCGUCACCCUACCCUCGCCCUCAUUCCCCUCCUCUCGCCUGCCUCCUCUCCACCUCCCUCCCGUCACCCUACCCUCGCCCUCAUUCCCCUCCUCUCGCCUGCCUCCUCUCCACCUCCCUCCCGUCACCCUACCCUCGCCCUCAUUCCCCUCCUCUCGCCUGCCUCCUCUCCACCUCCCUCCCGUCACCCUACCCUCGCCCUCAUUCCCCUCCUCUCGCCUGCCUCCUCUCCACCUCCCUCCCGUCACCCUACCCUCGCCCUCAUUCCCCUCCUCUCGCCUGCCUCCUCUCCACCUCCCUCCCGUCACCCUAUCCUCACCCUCAUUCCCCUCCUCUCGUCUGCCUCCUCUCCACCUCCCUCCCGUCACCCUACCCUCGCCCUCAUUCCCCUCCUCUCGCCUGCCUCCUCUCCACCUCCCUCCCGUCACCCUACCCUCGCCCUCAUUCCCCUCCUCUCGCCUGCCUCCUCUCCACCUCCCUCCCGUCACCCUACCCUCGCCCCCAUUCCCCUCCUCUCGCCUGCCUCCUCUCCACCUCCCUCCUGUCCCCCUACCCUCGCCCUCAUUCCCCUCCUCUCGCCUGCCUCCUCACCUCCCUCCCGUCACCCUACCCUCGCCCUCAUUCCCCUCCUCUCGCCUGCCUCCUCUCCACCUCCCUCCCAUCACCCUACCCUCGCCCUCAUUCCCCUCCUCUCGCCUGCCUCCUCUCCACCUCCCUCCCGUCACCCUACCCUCGCCCUCAUUCCCCUCCUCUCGCCUGCCUCCUCUCCACCUCCCUCCCGUCACCCUACCCUCGCCCUCAUUCCCCUCCUCUCGCCUGCCUCCUCUCCACCUCCCUCCCGUCACCCUACCCUCGCCCCCAUUCCCCUCCUCUCGCCUGCCUCCUCUCCACCUCCCUCCCGUCACCCUACCCUCGCCCUCAUUCCCCUCCUCUCGCCUGCCUCCUCUCCACCUCCCUCCCGUCACCCUACCCUCGCCCUCAUUACCCUCCUCUCGCCUGCCUCCUCUCCUCUCCCUUCCCCUAUCCACCUGUCCUACAUUCUCUUCUGCUUCCAUCCCCCUGUCCACUUCUCUCUACAGCCACAGUCAAAAGGCUGUGGUCCAUUAUGUUUUCCCUAUUGUCCCUGUAAUGGAGUGGACUCUGCUCUCUGUAGCAGUAUCUGAAUACGAUUGUAUCGAGAGUAAAUCAGAAUGUCUGAGCUAA